GCACGCUGGGAGCAGCCAUGGCGGACGGUCCGGUGGCGGAGGUGCUGCUGCGGCAGCUGGCGGCGGCCGAUGGCGGCCUGGACAGCGCGGAGCUGGCGGCUAAGCUGGGCGUGGAGCACCAGGCGGUGGUGGGCGCCGUGAAGAGCCUGCAAGCGCUGGGAGAGAUCAUUGAGGCCGAGCUGCGGUCCACUAAGUGCUGGGAGCUCACCGCAGAGGGCGAGGAGAUUGCCCGGGAGGGCAGCCAUGAGGCCCGGGUGUUUGGUAGCAUCCCCCCGGAGGGCCUGGCCCAGAGCGAGCUCAUGCGACUGCCCAGCGGCAAGGUGGGCUUCAGCAAGGCCAUGUCCAACAAGUGGAUCCGCGUGGAUAAGAGUACAGCUGACGGGCCCCGGGUGUUCCGAGUGGUGGACAGCGUGGAGGACGAGGUACAGCGGCGGCUCCAGCUGGUCCAGGGUGGGCAGGCGGAGAAGCUGGGUGAGAAGGAAAGGAGCGAGCUCAGGAAGAGGAAACUGCUGACCGAAGUGACCCUGAAGACCUACUGGGUGAGCAAAGGCAGUGCCUUCAGCACCAGCAUCUCCAAGCAGGAGACGGAGCUGAGCCCAGAGAUGAUCUCCAGCGGCUCCUGGCGGGACCGGCCCUUCAAGCCGUACAACUUCUUGGCCCACGGCGUCCUCCCAGACAGCGGCCACCUGCACCCUCUGCUCAAGGUCCGCACGCAGUUCCGGCAGAUCUUCCUGGAGAUGGGGUUCACGGAGAUGCCGACCGACAACUUCAUUGAGAGCUCCUUCUGGAACUUUGACGCCCUUUUCCAGCCCCAGCAACACCCAGCACGUGACCAACACGACACCUUCUUCCUUCGAGAUCCGGCCGAGGCCCUGCAGCUUCCAAUGGACUACGUCCAGCGGGUCAAGCGGACCCACUCUCAGGGCGGCUACGGCUCACAGGGGUACAAGUACAACUGGAAGCUGGAAGAGGCCCGGAAGACGGUGCUGCGCACACACACCACGUCGGCCAGCGCCCGCGCCCUCUACCGCCUGGCCCAGAAGAAACCCUUUACGCCAGCCAAGUACUUCUCCAUUGAUCGCGUGUUCCGAAACGAGACCCUGGAUGCCACACACCUGGCCGAGUUCCACCAGAUCGAGGGCGUGGUGGCUGACCAUGGCCUCACCCUAGGCCACCUCAUGGGCGUCCUGCGGGAGUUCUUCACGAAGCUGGGGAUCACCCAGCUGCGCUUCAAGCCGGCCUACAACCCCUACACGGAGCCCAGCAUGGAGGUGUUCAGCUACCACCAAGGCCUGAAAAAGUGGGUGGAAGUCGGGAAUUCUGGGCUCUUCCGCCCCGAGAUGCUGCUGCCCAUGGGGCUCCCCGAAAACGUGUCCGUCAUUGCGUGGGGCCUCUCCCUGGAGCGCCCGACGAUGAUCAAGUACGGCAUCAACAACAUCCGGGAGCUGGUGGGCCACAAGGUGAACCUGCAGAUGGUGUACGACAGCCCCUUGUGUCGCCUGGAUGCUGACCCGGGGCCCCCGCGGACACAGGGCACCGCAUGACACAGACCGCCCUGGGACAGCCCGCCGUUGCCAAGCCCCUGCUGUCCAGCCCCUUUGCAUCCCUGCCAGUGACGCCCUUGUAUUUAUAAGGCCUCUAUGAGGCCAUCCCCCCCACCCCUGGUAGCUCCUCUUCCCCGCCUGCCCCACGGCCCCAGGGGCGGGGGAGCGGGCAGCAGGUUCGAUCUAAGGAGGUGGGCCCUAGGGAGCCCUGCAGGCAGCUGCUGGCUAAUAAAGUGGGCAGUUGUCCUCAGAC